ACCUAUUUAAAGCUACCCUGUUGCUCUGGCCGGCUCUGUCUGUCUGCCAGGGUCUCCAGCUGCCCCAGACAGGCCGUGUGGUCUUGAGAUCCUCCUGGUGACCUUUUCAGCCUAGGUCCCCUCAGCCACUCUGCCCCAAGAUGGGUCGUGGGGCAGGGCGUGAGUACUCGCCUGCCGCCACCACCGCGGAGAAUGGGGGUGGCAAGAAGAAACAGAAAGAGAAGGAGCUCGAUGAGCUGAAGAAGGAGGUUGCCAUGGAUGACCACAAGCUAUCCUUGGAUGAGCUGGGCCGAAAAUACCAAGUGGAUCUGUCCAAGGGCCUCACUAACCAGCGAGCUCAGGACAUCCUGGCUCGGGAUGGACCCAACGCCCUCACGCCACCCCCCACAACUCCUGAGUGGGUCAAGUUCUGUCGUCAGCUUUUUGGGGGCUUCUCUAUUCUUCUGUGGAUCGGGGCCCUCCUCUGCUUCCUAGCCUAUGGUAUCCUGGCCGCCAUGGAGGACGAACCAUCCAAUGAUAAUUUAUACCUAGGUAUCGUGCUAGCAGCUGUGGUCAUCGUCACUGGCUGCUUCUCCUACUACCAGGAAGCCAAGAGCUCCAAGAUCAUGGACUCCUUCAAGAACAUGGUGCCUCAGCAAGCUCUGGUCAUCCGAGAGGGAGAGAAGAUGCAGAUCAACGCGGAGGAGGUGGUGGUGGGAGACCUGGUAGAAGUGAAGGGUGGGGACCGUGUCCCUGCUGACCUCCGGAUCAUCUCUUCCCAUGGCUGCAAGGUGGAUAACUCAUCCCUAACAGGGGAGUCGGAGCCCCAGACCCGUUCUCCUGAGUUCACCCAUGAGAACCCAUUGGAAACCCGCAAUAUCUGUUUCUUCUCUACCAACUGUGUGGAAGGCACUGCCAGGGGCAUCGUGAUUGCCACAGGUGACCGGACAGUGAUGGGCCGCAUAGCCACUCUCGCUUCUGGCCUAGAGGUCGGGCAGACACCCAUAGCCAUGGAGAUCGAGCACUUCAUCCAGCUGAUCACAGGAGUGGCAGUGUUCCUGGGGGUCUCUUUCUUUGUGCUGUCCCUUAUCCUGGGCUACAGCUGGCUGGAGGCGGUCAUCUUUCUCAUCGGCAUCAUCGUAGCCAAUGUGCCUGAAGGACUGCUGGCCACUGUCACUGUGUGCCUGACGCUGACAGCCAAGCGCAUGGCUCGGAAGAACUGCCUGGUGAAGAACCUGGAGGCGGUGGAGACGCUGGGCUCCACCUCCACCAUCUGCUCGGACAAGACAGGCACCCUCACCCAGAACCGCAUGACCGUGGCCCACAUGUGGUUUGACAACCAGAUCCACGAGGCUGACACCACCGAGGAUCAGUCUGGGGCCACUUUUGACAAACGGUCCCCGACGUGGACAGCCCUGUCUCGGAUUGCCGGUCUCUGCAAUCGUGCUGUAUUCAAGGCUGGUCAGGAGAACAUCUCUGUGUCUAAGCGGGACACAGCUGGCGAUGCCUCUGAGUCAGCUCUGCUCAAGUGCAUCGAGUUGUCCUGUGGCUCAGUGAGGAAGAUGAGGGACAGGAACCCGAAGGUGGCAGAAAUUCCCUUCAACUCUACCAACAAAUACCAGCUGUCCAUCCACGAGAGAGAAGACAGCCCCCAGAGCCAUGUGCUGGUGAUGAAAGGAGCCCCGGAGCGCAUCCUGGACCGAUGCUCUACCAUCCUAGUGCAGGGCAAGGAGAUCCCUCUGGACAAGGAGAUGCAAGAUGCCUUCCAAAACGCCUACAUGGAGCUGGGAGGACUCGGGGAGCGUGUACUCGGCUUCUGUCAGCUCAACCUGCCUUCUGGAAAGUUUCCUCGGGGCUUCAAAUUUGACACGGAUGAGCUGAACUUCCCCACAGAGAAGCUCUGUUUUGUGGGGCUCAUGUCCAUGAUUGAUCCGCCCAGGGCAGCUGUGCCAGAUGCUGUGGGCAAGUGCCGAAGCGCAGGCAUCAAGGUGAUCAUGGUGACUGGGGACCACCCUAUCACAGCCAAGGCCAUUGCCAAAGGUGUGGGCAUUAUAUCAGAGGGUAACGAGACAGUGGAGGACAUUGCAGCCCGGCUGAACAUUCCUGUGAGUCAAGUCAAUCCCAGAGAAGCCAAAGCAUGUGUAGUUCACGGGUCGGACCUGAAGGACAUGACGUCAGAGCAGCUGGAUGAAAUCCUCAGGGACCACACGGAGAUUGUAUUCGCCCGGACCUCCCCUCAGCAGAAGCUCAUCAUUGUGGAGGGCUGUCAGAGGCAGGGAGCCAUUGUGGCCGUGACUGGUGAUGGAGUGAACGACUCCCCCGCGCUGAAGAAGGCCGACAUCGGCAUCGCCAUGGGCAUCUCUGGCUCUGAUGUCUCUAAGCAGGCAGCUGACAUGAUCCUUCUCGACGACAACUUUGCCUCCAUCGUGACAGGCGUUGAGGAGGGCCGCCUGAUCUUUGACAACUUGAAGAAGUCCAUCGCGUACACCCUGACUAGCAACAUCCCCGAGAUCACCCCCUUCCUGCUGUUCAUCAUUGCCAACAUCCCACUGCCCCUGGGCACUGUGACCAUCCUCUGCAUCGACCUGGGCACAGAUAUGGUUCCCGCCAUCUCAUUAGCCUAUGAAGCAGCUGAGAGCGACAUCAUGAAGCGACAGCCGCGAAACCCCCAGACUGACAAGCUGGUGAACGAGAGGCUUAUCAGCAUGGCUUACGGACAGAUUGGCAUGAUCCAGGCUCUGGGUGGCUUCUUCACCUACUUCGUGAUACUGGCAGAGAACGGUUUUCUGCCGUCGCGGCUGCUGGGAAUCCGCCUUGACUGGGAUGAUCGGACUACCAAUGACCUGGAGGACAGCUAUGGACAAGAGUGGACCUAUGAGCAGCGGAAGGUGGUGGAGUUCACGUGCCACACGGCCUUCUUUGCCAGCAUCGUGGUUGUGCAGUGGGCUGACCUCAUCAUCUGCAAGACCCGCCGCAACUCGGUCUUCCAGCAGGGCAUGAAGAACAAGAUCCUGAUUUUUGGGCUCCUAGAAGAGACGGCCUUGGCUGCCUUUUUGUCCUACUGUCCGGGUAUGGGGGUGGCCCUCCGAAUGUACCCGCUCAAGGUCACUUGGUGGUUCUGUGCCUUUCCCUACAGUCUCCUCAUCUUCAUCUAUGAUGAAGUCCGAAAGCUCAUCCUAAGGCGGUACCCUGGGGGCUGGGUGGAGAAGGAGACCUACUACUGAGCUCACUGGAAAAAGGAAGAAUGGGAAAGAUGGGGUGCUCUGGAGGUGUUGCUGGGGUGCUGGAGGGAAGGGCUGGGGGAAACUGGGGUGGUCGUUUAGGGGGAGGUUUGGGGGAGACAGAAGGAGGCGACUGAGUGAACUGAGUUGGCAGGCGUGGGCGAAUAAACUUGAGGUGACUGCUCCACAGGUCCAACUGUGAA